AGCUCAAUUUCUUCUUGCUAGGUCAAUUAACUCUUGUGAUAAUAUUCAUAAACCUGCAAAAAUUCUUUUCCCCAAUGAAAUCAUAACACAGUAUAUUUAGGGUCUGUUUGGAUUGACUUAUUUUCUUACACAAGUUUUGUGAGAUGUUUCGGAGGACGGAUGAAAACAGCUUUAUGACAUUUUUCAUUACUUGUUUUUAGCUUGUUUUCAUAAGUUCUCCAAGAUAGCUUAUGUAAGCAGCUUACAACAUAUAAGAAAACAAUUUUAUAUUUUGCUAUUAAAAUAGCUUAUAGAUAAUCACUUAUCAUGAUAAGUGCUUGUGUUAUAAGCUGCAAAUAAGUUGUUUAACCAAACAGGGACUUAUUUUGGUAUCAACGAAAAAUAUCUUACUUUUACUUUACAGCAGGGCUCUGCAGCAAAAGCCAUAUGCUUAUGUAAUUUAUCAUUUUGCCAAUGGUGGUUAUAUGGGUUUUUCAUGCAAUUCUUUUAUUCUGAUUCAAAAAUGAUUUAGGUUUUUUACAUGUAUGUUUUGCACAGAACCUAGUUGUCAUUCCUGGCAUGGAAAUAUUUUGAAGAAAUCUAUAAAGUCCAACUGCUGAAUUUUUUCUUUUAAUUUGAUAUCUUUCUAUAUUCUUCACAAAUUUGUAUCUUGUAACCACUAAUUAUAAAUUUAUGGUUUGCUGUUACGCUAGAUAUAACAUUAGGAGAUCAAACUCAUAUCUUAAUGCAUGCCUGUACAGAUUUUUCAUUUCUGUUUGUCUCAAAAAACUAUUCUAUUUUUUUCUUCUACUUUUCAGGUUGUAGCUGAUUGCUCACUUGAUGAAGAAUUCUUGAUCAAAUAACAUUUUUAGUCGUCGUUUUUGAAUUCAUUCAGAUGAAGACUGGCUCCAUGAUUUUUUCCUUUUUGCAAGUACCUAGAUGCAGAUUACACAGCUUAGCUAAUAAUUGUGGUCAAACCUUCCACAGCUUCAGUAACAUUUGUGAAAACAAUUCUAGUGUAAGGUUGCUUGGUUCUAGAAUUUAUGGACUUCAAGGAGGGCACAGAAAAAAGUGGACUCGAAGACCUAUAACUACAAAUACAGAAGGCAGCGCGGGCACCAAAUCAAGAAGCACCAAGCAAGAAAUUUUGAGUGAAACAAUUUCAACUAGUUCUACAGUAAAUGUAAAGAAAACACAGUUGGGUCAAUUCCCGGAAAUUCAGUACUGUGACAUACACCAAGAGAUAGCUCAGAAUAAAGACUUGUCUAGCUUAGUCACUGUUAUUGUUUUUGAUAUUGAGACCACUGGGUUUAGCCGAGAGAAUGAAAGGAUCAUUGAGAUUGCACUUCGAGAUCUUCAGGGUGGUCCAAACAGCACUUUUCAAACUUUUGUAAAUCCUCAGCGCAGUGUUUAUAAUUCACAUAUCCAUGGCAUUACUACACAGAUGGUGAGCAGACCCGGUGUUCCAAGGAUGGAGGACCUGGUUCCCAUCUUAUUUCACUAUGUUAAAAGCCGCGAGAAACCUAGGGGAUACGUGUUAUGGGUUGGUCAUAAUGCUCGCGUUUUUGAUGUACCGUUCAUCAUUAAUGAGUUUCGUCGAUGUUCUACACAGAUUCCUCCGAAUUGGCUGUUUGUCGACACUCUUCCUUUAGCACGUCAACUAAUGAAGUCUGAAGUGUUUACAGGAACAAAACUUCCUUCAGUAUCCCUUGAUUCCCUUCGCAAGUUCUACGAAAUUAAAGUAGAUGGUCCAGCUCACAGAGCCAUGGAAGAUGUGAACACAUUAUCCUUGAUUCUUCCCAAGUUGACCUGUGAUCUGAAACUGACCCUAUCCGGCCUUGUUGAAAAAUCAUUCACAGAAGCAGAUAUUAUCAACUCUAAGAAGAAGAAGAAUUCAAACUAGUUUUCCAGUGAUAUUUUACAUUGAUAUGUGACCAAACAAAUCAUUUGUGACCAGAAAGUGUACUCAAUAUUUGAAAGAGAAAAGAAGCACUUUUAUUUUCAAUAAAACUAUCAUUGCUCUGUACUAAAUGCUGAAGCUUUUACUUUGCAGUGAGAAUAUUACUGAGUUGGUUUUAGUGGAUAGCAUAACUGUAAAAAUAAGUAGUGAUAAGGAAAAUACCUGCAAGUCUCUGGAGUUUUGGAUAGGAAGAAAAAGGAGGAGGCGGGUGAGGAUUAUGUGAUAGUUUUCUAACAAAAAAUUGAUAAUCAUUUUUACCUUUUCAAAUUUGGCUGACUUCCAAAGAUUUUACAUAAAGGGAAGGAAAGGUCUUGCUAUUAUUAAAGUAGAUAGUAGUUUGAUAGAUAUCAGUUACUGGUUGUUAAUGUCUAGUGAUGUUUCUAAA